AUGACGUCGACUAAAACAGAGUGUUUAAGAGACACUGUUAUUGUUUUAAUAAACGCAAUAGGAGAUAAUGACAAUUCAGUCAACAAUGUAAUUAUAAAAUCUCUAUUGAAGAUAGCAAACAUAUAUCCGAAUGAAGUAAUUGAAAUAUUCUGCGAUUUUUAUAAAAAUGCCAUCAAAGUGAACGGUACGCAGUUAAGUAAUACAAUCAAGGUUUUAGAGCAAACAUGCGUGAAUCAAGUGAAAAAAUUAAAGUCACAGACAGCAUCAGAACUAGCAAAUGCUAUGCUUCGUGCAAUGACAGAAAAUACAGCUUAUGACCCCUCUGUACAAAUGGGAGCCUCUUCAGUCCUGGUUGCUGUGAGUCAUGAAUAUUUAGAUCUAGUCCUUAGGUUGCUCAUUAAUCAGCUGUACCCAGCUUCGAUACCGCACUACACUAUUGUUCACACGCUGGGCACCCUCGCUGCUGUGAACACACAUGGCGUGGUGCCGCAUAUUAAGGAGAUUCUGGGCAAAAUGCUUCCCUUGCUAACCAUUGUAAAACAGGAUGGAAUUAAGCAGGCCUUCGCUUAUGCGUUCGGGCAUUUCGCAGUCGCUAUCGCCGAACAAAUAGGCGACAGCGUCGACAAUGAGAACAUAACAUCGAUCAAAGAGAAUUUUGUUACGGAAUUCUCCAUAAUAUUCGACGUGCUGUACAACCAGUGGCUCAUAUCCCACGAGCCCAAAGUAACGGAGUCGAUAUUAGAAGCACUCGGGCCAAUAACAAGACUGAUAUCGGAGAGGCAGUUUAAUGAAACUGUUAAUAAAUUUGUGCUUUCACUGCUGUUGCUGUAUCGGAAAACGGCGUUGAACCAUUACUAUAUAACGCAAUGUAUUUCGUAUCUCCUUUCGCCCUCGUCAUUGAAUCCCAAGUUGAAUUUGAACGAAAACGUCAUAAAUACCAUAAACCACUCCAUGUUCAACUUGGUCCUUGUAGAGCCGGACUACGACCAGCCGCACACGGUUAAGAAUCACUUCGAAGUGCUCAGGUGUUUUGACCACAUGGCUGGACAGUUCCCCGACCAGACUAUCGAGGGUCUCCUACUCCAGUGCAAAAACAACCACGAGAAGGAUAGAAUGAAGGCGGUUAUAGUUCUGACGCAUUUGACGACGUCAUCGCAAGUUUUUAUUGACAGUUUCGCAACGAAAUUUAUCGCAAUUCUGAACGUGAUGAUCAAUAUGGAGCAGGCGGUGAAGAUGAAGAAGCUACUCGUUAAAGCGAUAGUGGGCUUGGUGUACAGAAAUAGUAUCACGACCGCCGAGGAUUUCCUCAUGAUCGAGUUUAUAAUCAAGCACUGCGGUUACAAAGGUGCGGCUAACGUUGCCCACAGCGAAAUAGUUGAACUGCAAGACACUUGCAAAAGCUCAUUGGCACUAAUGUGCAAUACAGUCACAAGCGUUAGGACGCGAUUGAGAUAUUUGUUACUUAGAACGUUGACUGAAGAAAAAUAUACAGCAUCUAUGGCCACGGUGAGCCACUGUUUGACCUCGCUGCUGCAAAACAGCUCUGACGUAAUCAUGGACGAGCAGACUGACAAAGAGAUCGAGGAUAAAUGCUGUCCAGACUUGGUUUUCGUCAGAUGCCUGAUGUACAUCGCGGAUCCGAACGAAGCGGAGAAAAAUAAAAACCUGUUGGUUUUCUUAGAGGAGUACUCUGACGAGGUACACAAGAACUUGAAGAACUCUUGGGCGGUGGAAAUUCAGAGACUGUUGAAGUUUGUCGAAAAAAAUGAAUCUGACGAGCAGUGGCACGAGAUGUUGUUGGACCUAUUGGUUUCUGCGAUAGAGCAGGUGAACAAUGAUAAGUGGGUGGAGACAAUCGCGACCCACUUGUCUCAUCAAGUCAUGCUAAAGGAUCACCCGCUGACGGUGAGAGGGAUAUCGUUGCAGUACCUAGCCGUAUUGUCAUGCCACAUGACCAACGCCGCACUCGUGGAGAAGAACCUGACGAUCAUCCUGUUCGCUUUGAAAUCUAUACCGAUGGCGAGCUGCGCUUACGUCAGCAAGGCGAUAGGCAUCGCUUCCAGGCAACACGGCGAGGUGGUUCUCAACGAACUCGACACGAUAUACAAAGAGAACGAGGCUAGGAGGGGCGGGAAGAUCUUCAACUUCCUAACCCCAAAGAACUCCAAAAACGAAGCGGAUAUCGCUGCGGUGAAAUACGCCGCGAUCUCGUCCUACGGUAAGAUCGCUAACGAGUGCCUAGACGUGCACGUGUUGGCGCGUCUCGGCGAGAACGUCACAACGAUAUUGCACGAAACCUUAAGGUCCAACCCGCACUUCGAAUUGUGCAAGGCGAGCGUCACAACCCUCUACGAGAUCGGCAAAGCGCUCCAGCCCGCGUCGCACCAUAACGUGACGCUGCGGAACCGCUGGCAGCUCUUGAACGCGGUACUGUCGCAGAUCAACAACCCAAACCUGGCGGGCCGCAACGUGGAGCUGUACCCGAUAAUAGUGAAAGCCUCCAAAGCGCUGACGAAGCUGCAAAAGGGCAUAUUGCCGGAGGAAAGGAACACGAUACUCCGAUUGCUGUUCAACAGCAUCUUCGGCGAGCUGUCCUCCUUCAAAAGCAAAUACGAAGUGGAAGGGAACGGCGACAAGAACGACAUGCUGGCGAAGACCCUGAAUGACUCGUUGACGUUGCUCCACCAACUGAUCAGGGAGCUUAUAAUUCAAUCGACGUGUCUGAGCACUAUAGACGAUUUAGUCGGCCUACUGUUAGAGUGGUUGCGACACGAAAACGACGAGAUACGGACAGCGUCGGCGCUGAUCAUGCAAGUGGUAUUCGAUUCGUACAUCAAGAACGUAAAGCUGAACUACGAAACGCCCAGUAAGUUUGGCCAGAUGGGCUACCUGCUUGGACUGUUGGUGCCGGGCGUUAUGGACACCAACUUCCCGGUGAGACUGACGACGGUCGACUGCAUAAAGCUGAUCCUACAGACGCAGGACCUCUACGAGGGUCACAUAAUCGAAGAGAACGACGCGUGCAUGGCCAGUCUCGCUCACCUGCAGAACAACAUACUGACCAACGACCCGAGCAUGAUAUACGAGUAUUGCCUGGAGCUGUGCGACACCGUGGCGCCGAAAAUCCCCCACCACCACACGAUGCAGUUCAUCGAAAGCCUGCUGGAGGGCUACGACUCCCAAGAGUUCAGGUGUAUCGGCAUCAGCGCGGUGCUCGAGCGUUUCUUCGCGAAGAAGGGCCAAGAGCUGUACCAGAACAUCGAGAGGAUAAUGGAGGUGAUGAUCGACACAAUGGACCGAGUCGAAGACGACGCGCGCUCCAGCCUGAUGCUGCCACUCACCUCGCUGACCAAGUGCCACUCGAACGCCGUAACCGCGGUCCUCUUGGCCCAGAAGUUACCGUUAAAACCAUGCGUGGUGUCCUGCUGGCGUUCAUUGGCGCGGGGCAAAGGCCUAUCGGAGGCGAUCAUAGAAAACUUCCUCAGAUUGAUGACCUCUAUAGAAUUGUACGAGGAUCCCUACCACAUCACCGAAAACCAUAUCGCCGCCCUACAGCCGCUGACGCUCAUCAGCGCGCUGGGCGAAAUGCUGCAAGAAGACGCAAUGAAGGCCAUCUGCGCGAAGAAGUUCCCGGAAAUGUUCUCGGUGCUGUACACGACCCUGGCGUGCUACUUGGAGGCGGCGGCGCCAGCGUACACCGUUCCGUCCACCAGGGGCAGGAGAGGCUCGGCUUCAUACCGAACAGGGAGGCGA